GCAAUCUUUAAGAUACAUUUAUGAGUGCUAAUAAACUGCAAAGUCUGUUAACUGGCACAGUGUGAACAAUGAUAAAGAUGUGAAGUGAAAAAUAGCGAGAUAGCGGAGGAAACCAGGAAGUAUUGCACCAACUUGCCACCAGUUUGAAUUUAUCACCAUAAGUAUAAAGGACGCAUCAUGAAUGCCAACGAGGACUAUUUAUCCAUGGAUACGACGGAGGAGAUAUCACAGGUCCUGGAUCUAAAGAAGAACAACACAAUGAACCUACGGACACACCCCACUGUGGCCGAGUAUUAUGAAAACAUGACUGCCUUCCUUAGCCUGGCCAUUUUCGUGGCCAGUCUGCUGACCAUCCUGAACAUCGCCAUCUUCUCGACGACAGUUUCGCGGCUGAGGCGUCACCUGAACAAGCCCCUGCUUGGCCCCUCAAUUAUAAUGGUGUCGCUGUAUCCCAUUAUCUCCUUGGCCGCCCUGGUGACCAUUCUGGUGCCCUACUCCUGGUUCAUCUGCCACACGGUCAUGCACGUGAUGUUCAUGGUGGGUGGACCUGUAUUCCGCACUCUGCUCUUCCGCUACGUGAUCUCUGAGCAGAAUUACGUGAAGGAGACGAGCAUGGAGGCUGUGCAGCUGAAUACGCCUCCGUGCUGCUGCUGCUGUGUGUGCCUGCCGAUGGUGAUUCCCACCAAGGCGAAGCUGUGCAUCUCGCGGUACAUGGUCUGGCAGAUGCCCUUCUGGCAGGGUUCCAUAAUGCUGGUAAUGAAUAUCCUGUAUUAUCGUGAUAUUCAGCUAUAUCGGCAGGUCAUGUACUUCUUUAUCCCAUUCAUUGUUUGUUCAAUUGUUUUGGGUGCGUGGUCACUGCAGAUCACUGUGAGAAUGAUCACCAAACUACGAGGGGAUUACCAGCUGAGGAAGAAGAUGUUCUGCCUCCAGCUGGUGGUGAUGCUGUGCAAACUGCAGUAUCUUGUCCUCUACGAUCAGCUGGAUGGCAUCAAGAUGGGUGGGGAGUAUCCCAUCAAUCAUACUGUUUACAAGCAAACUAUCAUCAACAUUCUGAUUCUGGUGGAAAUGGUCUUGGUUUCCAUGAUGGUUCAGAGUGCCUACCGCACACCCAUUCAGGUUCAAAUCGAUGAAGUCAACAAGGAGAAGGAAAUCACUCGCAUUUGAGUGACCUGCCCAGAGUGUUAGUA